AUGUCGAGCAGUUUUACAAAUAAGACGUCUUUGCUAAGCAGCGCUCCACAGAGGCCUGAGAAUAGGGUUUCAUCUGUCGGCAACAACAACGGAGACUGGGACUUGGAAAACGAUGUAUUUGUAUGCUGCUAUGAAGAGCCUAUUGGCGAAACAAUGCAGGCAGGGAUGCACUCUGUUCAGCCAGGUCUGGCCAGGCACCUGCGAGGCCGACACCAGGGUCCUCCGGACGGUAUGAUACUGGGCCUAGAGGAGGCUUACCCCGGCUGUCACAACAACCGGAGUCCUCCCGCAGCCUACCUAGACACCAGUCCUCUGGACUUAAGUGAAAAUGACCGGAACGUCGCCCCGGUGUUAGAAAGCAGAAAGAGGACUCGGUCCAGUAGUUCAAGGAACCGGUAUAACGAGGUUGUCACAGAAUUGGGACCCGAAGAAGUGCGAUGGUUUUACAAAGAGGACAAAAAAACGUGGAAGCCUUUCAUUGGACACGACUCUUUGAAAAUUGAGGUAAUGUUCCGUAAAUUCUGCGAACUGAACCCUGGCACGACCAAGCGCCAAGGCUCUUUGGGCAUGGAUGAAGGGUAUGAGGAAGAGAAUGCAAGCGGGGUGGAAGCGACAACUGGGGGGUCGAACGGAGUGGAGCGAACUGGGGGGUCGAACGAAAUCGAGCGAGCUGGACCAGUGCCGGAGCAGAGAACUAGGGUUCAUAGGGACAGGGGUUCGAUGGAGAGAACAGACUCCACAUACGAAAGAGACCUUGAUUCAAUAAACAUCAACGUAGAGGCUGUAUGUGUCAGGGGUGGGCUGUAUGAGGUGGAUGUCAAAGACAGAGAAUGCUAUCCUGUGUAUUGGAAUCGUAAGUAUCAAUAGGAAGCAUCCUCUUUACUCCUUAUAUACCCAGCAUUCAUGUCUAAUUUGUUUUGCUUACAAGAGGGUUACUCUUUAAAGUAUUUUAGUCGACAUCUACCCAUGUUGCAAAGUGCUAUUCAUCUGCCACUGGCAAGCAAAUGCCUCAGUGCCAGAUGUUGAGUGGUGCCGAUAAUCUCUGGUCUUAAUUCCUGCUGCGUAUCUCUCCAAUGAGAGGCUGCAGACUGCAUGGACAAGUCACUACCAGGUCACUACAGAGAUUAACUCGUAUGCACUCACGAGAUCAGAGGUCGCAUGGCAUGGUGUCGCCAUCGCUCAUUCAUGUCUCCUAUGCAAUCUGCCUCUGUCUACAAUAUGCUUUAAUGUACAAAUAUAGGCCACACAUAUAGUCACAAUCCGGAAUAGAGUCAGAACCAUCGCAUUUCAGCAACUUAAUGAACCGAAAGUUUAUCUGUGCCACCUAUCACAAACCCACAAAAGUGGCCUAUUAUUAGUCUAGCCACCAUCCCGGGCACUGCCGCCAUUGAAUGUAUCUGGACUGUGCCAACUAAUUCAUGGAGAUUUCCAAGAAAGCCAGCCAUGGUGAUAGACCUGGUUGCUAUAGAGCCCUGGAUUACUUGAGCAAGCCAGACAGAUAUUUCAUUUUCCCUGAAGGGAUGCAUGGCUAACUGGCUGAGUUCACCUAGAGGCAACACAGUGACAGUUGGUUUCCUAGGAUCUUCCAGCUAGAUGUUGUAGUCAGUUUGAGGCUGUGACUGUUUGGGCCAGUAAUAUCACUGUUUGACAUGCAUGAGCUAGCCUAGGCACAUAUCUUCUUUCACUAGAGUGUUUUGUUGAGUAAGACAUUUCUAAGGAUCCAUUGGUAUUUUCAUUAUCCUACAUCUGUACUCUCUGCACCACAUCCAAUGAUAAAUGUAACCUGAAUACAAAUGUAGGCUACUGUAAAAGUGAUUCCGUAAUAGGUGUUUUCUGUCUUUGCUGCUCUAUACUAUAGAUAGUGCUGCUUAGGCAUGUGUUGGUUACUACCUGUUUGUAUGAAUAGUCACACCCAAGCUCUGUGCCAUUAGAUAGAAGCACACAUUACACAAUGAAGUGUUGUAGUCAUGCUCUCACCAACUACUACUAAUUCUAAACUAAUCAGUUCUGUAAUCAACUUUGGCCUCCCUCCACACUCCACUGAGAUUGCCAAUGCCUAGCUUUAUGGGUUGCGUGCUGUGUCAGCACCACACACAUAGAGUUGUUACCUGCUGGCUCAUGCUACGCUACUCAUUUUUGUCUUUGAUUACCCUAGCAUUUUGUUCUCCCGUCUAGAAAACAAUCAAGGGGAAACGUUGAAAGAAAAAAAAUGGAUUGCUUUGUAAAUCUGUCUCUCUAACUACCCCCUGCUCCAUUCUCUCUCCCACCCUCAGAGCAGGAGAGCAUCCCUGUCAUGAGGGGCCAGUGGUUCAUCGACGGCACCUGGAUCCCAUUGGAGGAGGACGAGAGUGACCUCAUCGAGGUGGAACACCUGACCCGUUUCCUUGGGCAACAGAUGCAGGACAGCUUCGACUCUGACUCUGUGGUGGCCAAGACAGUCGACAGCAAAGAUGGUGAGAGAACACCGGGGCUUGUGGGAGAUGUGGUUUAGGCCUAAAUUAAUAUUUAUCAAGUGUAGGCCUAUAUCAAGUAUAUAAUGCAUGAAUCUAAAGACUGAAUACCAGUUGUCUCCAACCCUAGUCCUGGAGAGCUACAGUCUGGGCAAGCUUUUGCUCCAGAGCAGAACUGAAACGGCUGAUUCCACUAACCACGUCUUGAUGAUUUGUUGAUUAGCUGAAUCAGCUAGUUCUCCAGGACCAGGGUUGGAUACCAGUGCUGUAGCCAUGCUCUCUCACAAUCUUCAUCUGUGAAGUUCUGCCAGCUCAAUCACUACUAACCUGAUAAUUCCAGAAAGGUACUUAUCUAUAAAGAACUAACACAUAAUGCAGUGUGAUAGCAGCUGUCAAAUGGGGUUCUCUGUAGAUGGUGUCUGGGUUAGUUAUGGACUCCAUUAAAAAUAACACCCACUCCCAUUACAUUUAUUUACCUUAGCCCCCUUAUCAGAACUGAAAAGUGUUGUUGGGACUCAUAAACCAUAACGUAUUAGCUAUCAGGAUCUCCCUGUAGACCAGCUAGGGGAAAAAUACCAGUUUGUCUUUAUGAGGCUGUUGAUUGUAUUGUGUUAACCCAGAGUGUAUUAUAGGUAAAAGUGUGUUUUUCAUGCAAGGCGCAGACAGCACUUCGUUUCAGGAAUAGCUUGUUGGAGCACUCAGAAAACAAAUGACAAAUGGAAUCUUUCAGUCAGCAAUCCCCUCCUGAAUGCAGUCUUCAGCCCUGUGAGAUGGCUGCUUCUUCUGUGAUGAAUGUGAGGGUGUGUGAAUGAGUUUCGAUACCAACGGUAUUAAAUCAGUAUGUCACCAGGAGAGAUUGUGUGUGUGUGUGAAUGUUAUUGUGUAUGUGAGGGAGAAUGUCACAAAUGUGUACGAGAGAGGGAAGGAAAAUGUCACCUGUAUGCUUGCCUUUGUGUUUGUCUGUGUGAGAUAGGGCAAAUGCCACCAGUGUUGGUGUGUGUGCUGUAUGUGUGAGAAAUCAUCUGACACAUCAAAGCUAAGCUUGAAGAUAACUUCUAUCUCGAACUGAGAACAAGUGCUGCUUUCCUACCAACCAAGGCCAGCGCCAUCUCCUCAGUGUAUGGCACUCUGAAUUGGACCAUAACAGUUUGCACACAGUGAUUAACCUCCCAUUGUAAAUGAUCAUGACUUUCUCUGACUCACUGGUAAUCAAAAUAAGUUUAGUCCUUGAAUGGUUCCCUGCUCUGUAUAGUCAUCAGUAGACUGGCUGGCUACUGGAGGUUGCCUUAUCGCCACGGUAAUGCACUGUUCUCUCAAGCGCCUGCCCGGUACUAGCUACGCCACUCAAACUUAGUCACAGACAUGAACUGGUUGGAAAGACAGAGGUCGUUGCCUCUCUCCACUCACUCACUCUCUACUAUCCUUGUCAGGACCAAACAAUUGAUUCCCAUUCAAAAUCCUAUUUUCCCUUAAACCUAACACUAACUGUAACUCUAACCCGAAUUGUAAACCUAAACCCUAAGCCUAAAAAAGCAUUAUUCCUUGUGGCGACCGGCGAAAUGUCUCCACUUGUCCGGAUUUUCCUUGUUUUACUAUCCUUGGGAGGACUUCUGGUCCCCACAAGGAUAGUAAAACCAAACCCCACACACAAUCAACCAAUCUCAAUCUUCUCCACCCCCACCCCCCCUCUCUCUUUCUCUCACUCUCUCCAUCUAUCCCUCUCUUUCUCACACAGCCAUAUACACAAAUAUAAACACACACCAAAUCCCCCUCUGGAAGCACUGCCACAUCCCAUAAUUUCAGUUUUGAGUCACCUCUUCGACAGAAUACAAAACUGUUCUGUUCUAACAUUUCACCACAUUUAAUGAAUUCAUUCAUUCAAGGAUUCACUUCGAAGUUAUCUGUUCACACAUUUUGCAAAAGCCAAUUAACACUUGAAAAUGACACCCCUGAACAGUGAGUCUAUUGUACCAUAUACAGUAGCUUACCGAAUCGGAUGCCCUGAUGAAGGCAUAACUUCCGAAACGUGUAAGCCUGCCCGGACUAAAAUAAAAAGGUGAAAUGAAGUGACAUCUUUUUGUAUUAAAUGUUCGAUGUUAUUGAACUUGGGAUUUUAUUUGAAGUCAUUGUCAUAUAUGGCAGAGCACCCAGCUAGUAAAGUGAGAGCGCCCAUCUGUUACCCCCUCCACAAUACUGCAUUACCCUCUCGCUCUCCUUCUUUCCCUCUCCUUUCCUCUCCUCCCCCCAUCGUUCUCCCUCAACUCUCUGCGUCUUUCUCUCUCACCCGCUCACCCUUCCUCCCCUUCUCCCUCUUUCUCUCACCCUCUCCCUCUUUCUCUCACCCCUCCCUCCCUCUUUCUCACCCUGAAACCCCAGCAGCCAGCUCAAAGCCUAAUGGAGCAGAAAGCAAGUGGUGUGGCUUGCAGGCAUGUUAUGUAGGCAUGAGAUCAUCAUAAUGCAGGCAGAACAAGGGCUCUGUCCUCUCCUGCCUUUGGUUACUGCUGCUUUGUCAGUCAAAAAAGGUUCCUCAUUCCUCAUCAGGCUUCUGUGGCAAAGAGUGACAAUUUGCCACUUCAUUUGUAGUUAAUGGCUGCCGUUGGUGCCUAAUUUGAGGAUGGAAAUUGACAGUUGCCACAGAUGGUGGCCCACAUGGCAGCUGUACUGUGGAGGGUUUACUGAUGAUUUCGGCAGCUACUGAAGCUGGCAAUAGGCUGAUUCACAGAAUACAGAGAGUCUGUCUUACUUGCCAGUCUGGCUUGGAAGUUCCUCUCAGAGGAAGAAAGAAUGUACAAAGUAUCACUAUGAGAGUGUUUGGCAAACAAAUAUUUGAUACUGUAGGCCUGUACGCACUGCACUGUCGCACGCGCUCUCUCUCACACACACACACACACACACACACACACACACACACACACACACAGAAGUGGAAACUUGGGAACAGAGUUGCUCCAUGCAGUGUGACUGAGAUUGCACCUCCAGAGAAAAGUCCCAUUGGGGCUCCAUGACCCUCUCACUGUGAUUACACCAUUUAAGGAGCAGGGUGUUAAUAGCAAGAGGCCCCCUGUUGGCUCCCCUCUCAGGUUUUAGGAGGCCUGAAGUAAGCUUAAUGUGACAUCUUUUUGAGUGCGGACCCAUUACACCUUUUGUUUGUCAGACCUUCUGUUUAAACAUGCACUGGGUUUGUGUCACUUAGACUGUGUGCUCACUGUGCUGUGUAUGUCAUAAUCUCUGGUAGAUGUGUGUUUACUGUGGGUAUAUGCCUGCGUGUGUGUCUGUCUGUGUUGGAGUGGUGGGUGAUGAUGGCAACAGAGAGAUGCGAGUGUGUGUGUGUGUGUGUGUGUGUGUGUGUGUGUGUGUGUGUGUGUGUGUGAAGGGACUGUGUACUGAUGUGAGAAUCUAUCAUAUGGGUGUGUUUUGAAGGCGUUUGAACCAGUAGAGAGAUUUGCAUGUGGGCUGGCUAGAGGCUAGGCCAGGGCUCAUGACGGUGGGGAGUACUUCAGUCCAUCAGGCUCCUGGAGCAUCAGGGCAAAGGUAAUGUGUCAACAACACACACAGGUCAUAACAUCACAUAAUGUCAUGUCACAGCUAGGGCUGGGAAUUGCCAGGGACCUCACAAUACAAUAUUAUUACAAUACUUUGGUACCGAUACGAUAUGUAUUGCGAUUCUCACAAUAAAUUCUAUAUGUAUUGCGAUUCGAUACUGUGAUUUUGUGAUUCGAUGUUCCAAACAUAUUGCUCACCAUAUGUCUGCUGCAGAGGGACAAGAGAGGGCCAUGAGAAAAGGUUUGAUCAGUCAUUGAAAUAAAAGUGCUGAAAACAAAUUGUCUCCAUAUUUAAAAAGAAGAUGGAGAACAAGCUAUGAAGGAAAAAUAGUGGAGUGAGUUAGUAGGCUGCAGGUACAGCCAACUAGCAAAAUAAAUGAUAUUGCGAUAUUGUCAAAGUGAUACGAUAUAUUGUCAAAAGUAAUAUCCCGAUAUGUAACUGUAUAGAUUUUCUUCCUCCAUCACUAGUCACAGCUCUAGUCUACAACCCAGGACAAUUGUCAUGGCACACUAUGACAUUUACAUUUAGCAUACAUAUUCGCUACGCUUUCAAUAGCUAGACCAGAUACUGUAACUGUAGCAAUCUGCUGUGCUGGUCUUUUUCCUGGGCGAUUAAAUUCAAAGCUCCCAGCGGAGUAGACAAGCUCUAAUCCAAUGUGAAAUUUGGAACGUCAUUCCAUUUGAGAUGUUUAUGGUGCUCUAGCUCAAACAGAGAAAUCCACACCAAUGGACCUUGAUUCAAUAUAUAUAUAGGCCAAAACAAGCUCAGAGCAGGCCAUGUCAAAAUGCAAUCUCUCUAUACUCCAUAACACUGCCAUAUUAUCUCCAAUUGACAACAUCCAGAAAUGUACAGCAUUGAAUCUCUAAACCCAAGCAUAGCCUAUAAUUACGUGCACACAAGCCAUCUUCAGUUCAGAAAACAAGUCAAAUCAAAUUUUAUUUGCCACAUGCGCUGAAUACAACAGGUGUAGACAUUACCGUGAAAUGCUUACUUACAGCCCUUAACCAACAAUGCAUUUAUUUCUUAAUAAAAAAGUAAAAUAAAACAACAACAAAUAGUGUUGAGAGAAAAAAAGAGCAGAAGUAAAACAUAUAACAGUAGGGAGUCUAUAUACAGGGGGGGUACCGGUGCCGAGUCAAUGUGCGGUGGCACCGGCUUGUUGAGGUAAUAUGUACAUGUGGGUAGAGUUAAAGUGACUAUGCAUAAAUAAUUAACAGAGUAGCAGCAGCGUAAAAAGAUGGGGUGGGGGUGGGUGUGCACUGCAAAUAGUUUGGGUAGCCAUGAUUAGCUGUUCAGGAGUCUUAUAGCUUGGGGGUAGAAGCUGUUGAGAAGUCUUUUGGACCUAGACUUGGCACUCCGGUACCGCUUGCCAUGCGGUAGCAGAGAGAACAGUCUAUGACUAGGGUGGCUGGAGUCUUUGACAAUUUUGAGGGCCUUCCUCUGACACCGCCUGGUAUAGAGGUCCUGGAUGGCAGGAAGCUUGCCCCCAGUGAUGUAUUGGGCCGUACGCACUACCCUCUGUAGUGCCUUGCGGUCGGAGGCCGAGCAGUUGCCAUACCAGGUGGUGAUGCAACCAGUCAGGAUGCUGUCGAUGGUGCAGCUGUAGAACUUUUUGAGGAUCUGAAGACCCAUGCCAAAUCUUUUCAGUCUCCUGAGGGGGAAUAGGCUUUGUCGUGCCCUCUUCACGACUGUCUUGGUGUGUUUGGACCAUCUCAACCUGUUCCACUACAGCCCCGUCGAUGAGAAUGGGGGCGUGCUCAGUCCUCUUUUUUUCCCCUGUAGUCCAAAAUCAUCUCCUUUGUCUUGGUCACGUUGAGGGAGUGGUUGUUAUCCUGGCACCACACGGCCAGGUCUCUGACCUCCUCCCUAUAGGCUGUCUCAUCGUUGUCGGUGAUCAGGCCUACCACUGUUGUGUCGUCGGCAAACUUAAUGAUGGUGUUGGAGUCGUGCCUGGCCAUGCAGUCAUGGGUGAACAGGGAGUACAGGAGGGGACUGAGCACACACCCCUGAGGGGCCCCCAUGUUGAGGUGUAUUAAUGCUGCAUUAGUAGAAAUUUUAAUGAUUCAGUAAUAUACAUCAGUAAGCAGGAUAUCCAAGACAGUAAGUUAAGCAGGAUAAAGCUUAUUUGUUUCUUGCCACUGUUGUAUGGAUAUGAUGUGGUCCCAGAUGGAUCAGCUGAUUCAUGUGUCUGUCUCCAGACCCUCAGUGGGCGGCGUAAGGUAGUACAGUCAUUUCUUUCUCUAUCUCUCUCUAUAUAACUAUCUUUCUCUCUCUUUAUCCCUCUUUCUCUCCUCUCUAUCUCUCUCUCUCUCUCCCCCUGUCUCUCUUGGUCUCCCUCUUUCUAUCUAUCUCUUCCUCUCUCCCAGCCUGUCCUGGCAACAAUGGCACAAUCAGCAGCUUUCACCCCCCCACCCAAUCCCAGCCCAGCUGAGGAAAGCACUGCUGUCAUUUGCAAGUCUGAUUUCUCGGUCCUAACCUCAGCUCAAAUGGUAUAAUUAUAUCCCAAUCCGGAAUGGAGAUCCACAUUCAUUUGUUAAUCAAAUGCCUGAAAGGAUAGGAGACCUCUCAAUACCAUAUCCACAUCCAUAGUUAUUCUGCUUGACUGAUUUGAGAUUAUUUUACAUUCCAAUACACCAACGUUAUCCUAAAGUCUUGCUAUUAUCCAAAUACAACUACCCCUCGACAACUUGCUUGCGACUGGGUAUUCUUGAUGGACCUAUCACAGCCUAUUUAUAGCUGUGAGUAAAUUUGAAAUAUAAAGCAGUCACAGCACAGCAUAAUACCUUUAUGGCCAGCUGAGCUCCCGGCUCAGGUUUCUUAUGGUUUAAUAGGAACACCCUCGUGUUGACUAACACUCGUUAAACAUAAACUCAGCCCACAGCUCAAUCAGCUAAGGCCAUUACUCCCCUCCAACAGUAAGGUCCACAAACAGAGCUCUGCCGCAGGGCAAGGCCUAGGUCAUGUUAUCUGAUUCAGCGUGACUGGUCCUUUUAGGACAGGGCUCAGACUGAGUCCCAAUGUCCUUGUCACUGCACAGGCUGACUACAGCCAUAGGCUAUGUGAUGACAUCAAGUCUGACACACUGGUCUAAUGGAAAGACAUGUCUCUAAAUGAAACCCUGGUUGCUUGAUAGCUGAGAGAGAGAGGGAGACUUACUGUAUGGCCAGUGUGUGGGAAGGAGAGAGCGGUUGCUUGGCCUUUAGGAAAUAUCUUAGAGGGCAACUUCCUCCUCUGUUCUCAGAAAUGGUUCUCGCCUCUGUUCUCAGGAAUGGAUAUCCUUCCCUGAAGUUUUUCUGACCCACUAAAAUAAUUAAGCUCCUUAGUUUUUUAGAUUGAAAACAUGAGCGAGGGGAAAAAAGCUGUAAGGCAGGCUACUUCUAAGAAACUGCUCUGUAGGAGGCCCACUCACUUUGGAUCGUUGUGAAAUCCUCUUAAAAUAUUAAGCUGUUAGCCCUCCAAUAUUUUUUCAGGCGCAUACUUUAAAUUUGAUGUUAGAACGUUGUUUUGCAAUUUGUACUCAACCUGUUUGACAAGAUGAAUGAUAGAUAGCUGGCUGAAAGUACUGUACAACCAUAUACCCCUAUAUCACUAUAUGUUAUGUCAUAUAUCAUUGUCAUGUAGCCUCCAUUGACCAACCAUUUGGUCGGAGGCAAACAGUCAUAAUUCUAAUGUUAUUAAAUUAUUUUAUACAAAACUAUCUGUUCAUUACCAGCACAUGAUAUAGUCCACACUGAGUACCCUAAAGGCAGUAAAACAAGAAUAAGGUUUUUACAUGUUGUUAAGUAGGAUUCAGGUGCUACCUCUGUCAUCUUGGGCAUAUGUCAAACAGCGCUGCAAUUGGGUUUCAAUGGUCCCUCUCAGCUCAAGAUUGUGUGCAACAGCAAAUAUUGACACGUUAAUUAAGCCACAACAAUGAAGAGCCAUGUUUAUAUAGACAUAGGGACAGGUUUUAUUCAAAUGAAGAACUUUGCUUGUCAGUUGAACGACGCUAAUGAAAUUCAGCAAAAUGUAUUAAUGGUUAGGCUAUACGCUUCAUACAUUUUUCCUAAUUAAUUAUUUUUUAAAUAAUUUUUGAACUUUUACUAAUGCUCAAUUCUGUGACAUUUUCAGAUGCGAAUACUAGCCAACAGCUUCUAACCAACAGCUAGUGUUCUGUACUAUACACACACAAGACCCAGGGUGGCUACCUGAUCGCAGCGCUGCUUGACAAACACCCCAGUGUAACAGUGAUGGCAGUGGGUAGCCCUUUGUGACAAAACGCCAACGUCAUGUCUUUUACUCACUCUCUCUUGGUUGUUAGUUCUCUCCCACCUGCCCCCUUUCUACCUCCCCUUUCUGUUCAAAUGGAGUGGAUAUCAGCCGAGUGCUACAACUAAAUGUCUCAAGCGCAAGCGCUGCUCAGGUACUGUACGCCAGCCUUUUUUAAAUCUCCUACAUUAUAUCUGCUAUACUCCCUCUCCCCUCUAGAUCUUAGGUCUUGAUUGAACUAGAUCUUUGCUCACCCUUUUGAGCUCUCCCUAGAACUAAGCCCAGUUAGACACCCCAACCCGCUCUAGUAGAACUGGAUCUAGAUUAGACUCCUCCUCACUCCUUUAGUUUAAACUGGGCCUAGUCAUUAGAAUGUCCCCCUUUCUGUGUCCAAGAGUAUGUCACUAGUACUGCUACUGCUUUCUGGACUUUUGGAGGAUACCUGCAAGUCUUGCUCCGGUCUGUCUGUUAGUGGUGGUAGAGCUAAGUAAGUGGAGAGUCAUUUAGCUAGUAACAUCCUUCCAUUCUCUCUAAAUCCAAAUAGGAAAACGAUGGAUCUGAGCUCAAUAAGCUGGUUCUCCAAAAAGCCUCCCCUUCUCCGCCUCUCGUUCCCUCUAGCGGCGUGAUCACAUCUUAAUGAACCUCCCCUAUCACCACCACAGCUCUGAAGAGAAUGAAUAAAGCUCUUUUAGAGAUGAGAGGCACCAUUCAGGCCCCCAUAGCACACUCUGUGCUCUGCAGUCUGCACUGUGAGCUCCAGCAUUGCCUCAAUGGAUGGAAUAACUCUGCUCCUCUAUUGCUGGCAAUAGGAGUCUCUGCACUGUCUUCAGCACCCUAGAGUAGGGGUAGGCAACUAGAUUCAGCCGAGGGACAAUUUUUUUUAUUUUAUUAGUAGGAGUACUUGGGAACAGAUUUCCUCAAUUAAACUCAUUUUUAGCUGAAUUCAUGAUUUGUCUUUUGACCAAAAACUAAAAUCCCCCCCUUUCAAAGAACUGUGGGGGGCUGGAUCACUCGCGGGCCGGUUUUGGCCCACUGUCCGACUGUUGCCGACCCCUGCCCUAGGGCCACACUUCAGUUAAACUAACCCCAGUAUACACACACAGUAGGUUGCAAUCCGGUAACCUGGAAAGACCUGGGUUGCAUUCAGCAGGCACAAAACAUUCUCUACCAUUUCGUGCUUAGUGAAUGUGACCCUAGUGUCCUAGCAUUGAGAGUAGUGUACUCCCUCUGUGGCUCUCUACAUGGUGUUGAACCCUUCAGAGGCUAGGAACAUAUCUAAGAUGUUUGGCAGACCCUAGUUAGGCAUUGCUUGUAAUUGUCACACUAACUCUCCCAUGCCAAUUUAGAGACAAUACUGCUCUGAGCUAGCAUCCUAACAAUAACACUGUUUUAACACGACAGUAAUUAAUUUGAGGAAAGCAGCUUUGCCCUUGUUUAGUGGCAUAAUGCCCUACCUCAGGAACAAAGCUACAAGAGGCUCUCUCUCGCUCUCUUGUCUUUCUCUCUGUCUUUCUCUCUCACUCUAGUUAUAGCUCUUGGUCUCUCACACGGUCUCUAAAUCUAUCUACAACUUUUUCUCCCUCUUCCCUCGUCCUCCCUUGCUCUCCGGGGCAUAGUUGGAAAGCCUCCCAUGUAAACCUCUUAACCUCUCUGUGGCUGACUGUUAGAUCCUCUGGUGUGCUUUGAUCCAGGCUUCCCCCUCUUCCCCUCGCUGCCCUGCUCUGCUCUGCUCUGCCUUGCCCUGGCCUGGGAUCCACUGUAAAACAGGAUGCUGUCUCUGAGAAGCUUGUCCAUCUCAUUUCCCUUCUCAUUUGGCAACAUGAGCACCUUCCUCAUUCCCUACCCAGUCAGCCAUGAUUUAUUUAUUCCUAUGGCUGGCUAAUGGGGAAGACUGAGUACCUCCUGUCUCCUCAAGACAUCAUAUUUUACAGUGGACUCAGAGUAGGUGUAGGCUAAGUGGUGAGGUUCUGUCUUUCCCUACUGUACUUCUCCGGUCAUUAGAACGGAUCAUUCUAUCCCUGCUGCCCGCCGCCGCUUCUGUAGAGUACUGUAGUAAGAUGAUGUACAGUAGUGUGGUAUAGUGAUGGUUGUCAAUUCCAUAUAAAUUCACCUCCUGAAUCGGCUGAAUUGAAGUGGAAUUGAUCCCUAUCUUUGUGUGAUACUUGUUGUGAAGCAUGCGUGUUAUCCCAAGUGAUUUCCAAUGAUAAAUGAAAACGUGCUACUCUAACCCGGUGAAAAGUUCUGCAAUACUGAAAAAUCUUUACCCUCAGGUCUUCCAAUGCAAUAAAUUCUUAUGACCAUCGACUGGAUUGAGUUUUCUUUUUACUUUGUCUAAAGCUUCUUGGUUGGGAUUCAGUCCCAUCCCUUCUACACAUCCCUCCUCUCUUAAGCCCCAAUGGGUUACAUCUCCUAAAUGGAAACCAAUUCCACGCGGUCCACCAGCUAACACAGCUUCUUCUUCAUGGGUUAACUCCUGAGCUCCUGCUUGUCAUUCCAUUAAGCCAUUUUGGAUCAUUAGGCCUCUGAGGGGCCCUGAAUGGAGACUGAUCAACCGGAGCAUCCAUGACUGCUCCUCAAUCCUCACUUCGCUGAUGAGAUUAGAACAGGGACGCCCUGCUUUACCCCUCCACAAUGUGACUCACAGAAACACUGUUCUAUUCUCCCCUGUUGGUUCUACAACCCUUUUCUCAGAUGCCUCCUAUUAGGAGGUGGAAAGAUGAAGAGAACGAGGGGGAAGGAAGGGAAGAAGAGCUGAUUUUCAGGCUUUGAUGUCCCCUACUCUGUAGAUUGGACUAAACUGACUGCAUUAGUUAAUAGUUUGCUGAACACCUGCUGAGUGUUUGCAGAGCAUUAACAAGCUAAUGCACCAGCAGUAAUCUGGACAGGAGCGAGUGCUCUGGAGACAGAGUGAUACCAGCGUGAGCCCUGCAAAAUGACCUCCAGCAGGCCACAAAUGUGCAUGUGUCUGCUCAAACGGUCAGAAACAGACUCCAUGAGGGUGGUAUGAGGGCCCGACGUCCACAGGUGGGGGUUGUGCUUACAGCCCAACACCGUGCAGGACGUUUGGCAUUUGCCAGAGAACACCAAGAUUGGAAAAUUCGCCACUGGCGCCCUGUGCUCUUCACAGAUGAAAGCAGGUUCACACUGAGCACAUGUGACAGACGUGACAGAGUCUGGAGACGCCGUGGAGAACGUUCUGCUGCCUGCAACAUCCUCCAGCAUGACCGGUUUGGUGGUGGGUCAGUCAUGGUGUGGGGUGGCAUUUCUUUGGGAGGCCGCACAGCCCUCCAUGUGCUCGCCAGAGGUAGCCUGACUGCCAUUAGGUACCGAGAUGAGAUCCUCAGACCCCUUGUGAGACCAUAUGCUGGUGCGGUUGGCCCUGGGUUCCUCCUAAUGCAAGACAAUGCUAGACCUCAUGUGGCUGGAGUGUGUCAGCAGUUCCUGCAAGAGGAAGGCAUUGAUGCUAUGGACUGGCCCGCCCGUUCCCCAGACCUGAAUCCAAUUGAGCACAUCUGGGACAUCAUGUCUCGCUCCAUCCACCAACGCCACGUUGCACCACAGACUGUCCAGGAGUUGGCGGAUGCUUUAGUCCAGGUCUGGGAGGAGAUCCCUCAGGAGACCAUCCGCCACCUCAUCAGGAGCAUGCCCAGGCGUUGUAGGGAGGUCAUACAGGCACGUGGAGGCCACACACACACUACUGAGCCUCAUUUUGACUUGUUUUAAGGACAUUACAUCAAAGUUGGAUCAGCCUGUAGUGUGGUUUUCCACUUUAAUUUUGAGGGUGACUCCAAAUCCAGACCUCCAUGGGUUGAUACAUUUGAUUUCCAUUGAUAAUUUUUGUGUGAUUUUGUUGUCAGCACUUUCAACUAUGUAAAGAAAAAAGUAUUUAUUAAGAUUAUUUCAUUCAUUCAGAUCUAGGAUGUGUUGUUUAAGUGUUCCCUUUAUUUUUUGAGCAGUGUAUAUAUUUUUAACCCUUUAGUGUGUGUACUUUACUGUAUUUGUACUUGGGAUAUCACUUUUCAACAGUAAACGUUUUUUAAAACGCUGGAGGACGUCUUUUAAUGUCCACCUCUCCUAGGAAUCCUUUUGUCCUGGACUCUUGAACGCUGUCCUUUUAAUCCCUCCUGAUUGGCUCUAAGCACCGCAGGGUUUGGUCUGGACCAAUGCCGAAGUACCCUGUCACCUCUUCACGUACUGUACCAUACAGUACGUCUGAAAUGGCAAUCAAACCUCAAUGUGACCGGCUCACCCCAGUCAACCGGUUUCAUUUAUCGUUCAUGUUUUCACUCUUACUUGCCCUGUUGCUGUUGCCCACUAGGAUAAAGAUGGUGAAAUCUAAUAUAGUCCUCUGUAUAGCCCAUCCACAGUGGUGAUCGAGCUUACCAUAGAGACCCAAUUGGGAAUUGUGUGGUACAAUAUUAUCUCACAAUCUACUGUAAACAGUCAAUGACACCCAAGCAAUCAAUGGGCGGGUAAGAGUUGAAAUAUGCAGACUUUGUGAACCUGUGUGCUUCUUCAAUAUGUUAUUUUCUGGUUCUCAAGUGACGCUCUGCAGAUCAAUGCCCUAGUCUGUAUUUGAUCGAGCGCUAGACUAGACCAAACUUUCUCCUUGUUGAGUUGGAUGUAAAAUUAGGAAUUUGUAAAUCACAAUUUUGAUGAGUGUAUUUUCUGUCUCUCCCCCUGCAUUCGUUCAUCUUUCCUCUUGUCCUUUUUCUGCUUGCUCUCACCUCUCAUUCCCGCUUCAUUUCUUUCCAAUUUCUUCAUCCCUUCUUCCUCCAUUUUUUCCCCUUCCUCCCUUUCCUACUUCUCUAACCCUCCCCUCCCUCCCUCUCUCUCUUCCCCCUCUGCAGCUGUCCACAGUUUGAAAUUGAGUCGUACCCACGUGGACUGGCACAGUGUGGACGAGGUCUACCUCUACAGCGAUGCCACCACAUCCAAGAUCGCCCGCACCGUCACCCAGAAACUGGGCUUCUCCAAAGGUUAGAGGUCACUGACUGACUGCCCACUUUUCUGUUGAACCCCUCCUCCCCUUCACCACCCCAAUAUCAAGUCAACCUCUAGCUAGCCACAACCUCCUCGGCCACUUGUGGGGAUUGGAGAGGUGUAAGCAGCCAGCUCCAUAUUUUCAUCCCCAGUCGGAGGAGAUUAAGAGGUGGAUCUGGCAUGAGUUCUCAAUCUCUUCUGACUGACACACACAAAUCCACUGCCGCUGGAAAUCUCCUUAGUGCUGUGCCGGCCAGACAGCAAGCAGCAAAUCCUAUUUCCCUAGUGUGUAGAGCUGGGGUUCUCAAAGUGGGGUCAGCAGACCCCUGAGGGGUCCGCGGCCAGAUACAAAUAAAAUGUUACAAAAAGGGACAAGGGAUCCGUGGAUUAAGUUUAGAGGGUGUAAUACAAUACAAUAUAAUAUUAUUAAUCUACAAUGUAUGUUUUUAACCCUGGGUGACAUGGGCCUGGGAGGCUCACAGGGAUAUUGGUAUCCACAGUACUCUACCAGUUAUACAUUUUUGCAACUCAAUACUUUUCAUAUUCCCCCUAUUAUAUAUAUUUUUCUUUCAUAAAUGCACUGUAAUUUAAGCUUUAAAACUGCAAUGUUUUCUCUCUGCCUCAUGGCAAAAUGUGUAGAAUUGCAGGAUAUUAGCUUUAAAGCUGCAACAACAAAAAAUCUCUGCCCCAUGACAGAAUGUGGGCCUUUAAAUUGUUCCUUCCCAGGGCCCGAGACUUGGUUAGUCCGGCCAUGCACUGCCGAAGUCAUAGUAAAACUCCUUGUAUGCUAUUUUUUAUCUCACUCGAGUUGUGUUCUGAUUGAGGGGGUCCCUGAUUAAUUUACUAUCACAAAAGGGGAUCCCGACCCCAAAUAGUUUGAGAACCCUGGUGUAGAGUAGUGUUAGCACAGGAAGCCAGCUCUGAACAAGGCCACACAUGCAGCCUGAGCCACAGACACAGCGGGAGGCCUAGAGUUUCCUACUGCCCCUGUAAACUCAGUCACCUUAUUGCUACUUUGAAAUAUAGGAUGGCCUAGGAUGUUCAUCACCAUAACCAUAUGCAUGUUGUGUGGUCAAUUAAUUGUAGCCUCUGUGAAAUGUAAUUUCACGAUUGAGGCUAUCAAGCCUUAAUCAUGAAUCAAGAUUUUACUCAUAUUGAACACAAGCGAACAAAUGCUGAUGAGCAAAACAUUGUUGGAAUUUGUUGGGCAAUGUGCAGCCACCCAGUAUGUUGAUAUUUUCCUGACGCUGUCCCCCUCUCCACCGCCUGUUAACCCCGUCUCCAUCCCCUGUACCCUCUGUAGCCUCCAGCAGUGGUACACGGCUCCACCGGGGCUAUGUGGAGGAGGCCUCCUUGGAGGACAAGCCCCCCCAGACCACACACAUCGUGUUUGUGGUCCACGGCAUUGGACAGAAGAUGGACACAGGACGCAUCAUCAAGAACACUGGCAUGUGAGUGCUCUCUCGUUUACUGUGUAUGCAUAUUAUAGUUAUUCUACUGGGCGACAUGGUGCUGCCAACAUCGUGGAGGGUCAUGUGUUGAUCUCUGUAUAUCUAUGGCUAUGAAAUAACAUGGUAUGCAUCCCAAAUGGCCCUAUUGACCAUGGUCAAAAGUAGUGCGCUAUAAAGGGAACAGUGGGCCAUUUGGGACAUAGCCAUGUUGUUUUUUCCACUGUGUGUGGAGAGACUGUGGGCCAGCUUGAUAUACUGUGUGAUUAUGUACAGUGAGGAAAAAAAGUAUUUGAUCCCCUGCUGAUUUUGUACGUUUGCCCACUGACAAAGACAUGAUCAGUCUAUCAUUUUAAUGGUAGGUUUAUUUGAACAGUGAGAAACAGAAUAACAACAAAUAAAUCCAGAAAAACGCAUGUCAAAAAUGUUAUAAAUUGAUUUGCAUUUUAAUGAGGGAAAUAAGUAUUUGACCCCUCUGCAAAACAUGACUUAGUACUUGUUGGCAAUCACAGAGGUCAGACGUUUCUUGUAAUUUGCCACCAGGUUUGCACACAUCUCAGGAGGGAUUUUGUCCCACACCUCUUUGCAGAACUUCUCCAAGUCAUUAAGGUUUUGAGGCUGACGUUUGGCAACUUGAACCUUCAGCUCCCUCCACAUAUUUUCUAUGGGAUUAAGGUCUGGAGACUGGCUAGGCCACUCCAAGACCUUAAUGUGCUUCUUCUUGAGCCACUCCUUUGUUGCCUUGGCCAUGUGUUUUGGGUCAUUGUCAUGCUGGAAUACCCAUCCACGACCCAUUUUCAAUGCACUGGCUGCGGGAAGGAGGUUCUCACCCAAGAUUUGAUGGUACAUGGCCCCAUCCAUCGUCCCUUUGAUGCGGUGAAGUUGUCCUGUCCCCUUAGCAGAAAAACACCCCCAAAGCAUAAUGUUUCCACCUCCAUGUUUGACGGUGGGGAUGGUGUUCUUGGGGUCAUAGGCAGCAUUCCUCCUCCUCCAAACACGGCGAGUUGAGUUGAUGCCAAAGAGCUCGAUUUUGGUCUCAUCUGACCACAACACUUUCACCCAGUUCUCCUCUGAAUCAUUCAGAUGUUCAUUGGCAAACUUCAGACGGGCCUGUAUAUGUGCUUUCUUGAGCAGGGGGACCUUGUGGGCGCUGCAGGAUUUCAGUCCUUCACAGCGUAGUGUGUUACCAAUUGUUUUCUUGGUGACUAUGGUCCCAGCUACCUUGAGAUCAUUGACAAGAUCCUCCCGUGUAGUUCUGGGCUGAUUCCUCACUGUUCUCAUGAUCAUUGCAACUCCACGAGGUGAGAUCUUGCAUGGAGCCCCAGGCCGAGGGAGAAUGACAGUUAUUUUGUGUUUCUUCCAUUUGCGAAUAAUCGCACCAACUGUUGUCACCUUCUCACCAAGCUGCUUGGCGAUGGUCUUGUAGCCCAUUCCAGCCUUGUGUAGGUCUACAAUCUUGUCCCUGACAUCCUUGGAGAGCUCUUUGGUCUUGGCCAUGGUGGAGAGUUUGGAAUCUGAUUGAUUGCUUCUGUGGACAGGUGUCUUUUAUACAGGUAACAAGCUGAGAUUAGGAGCACUCCCUUUAAGAGUGUGCUCCUAAUCUCAGCUCGUUACCUGUAUAAAAGACACCUGGGAGCCAGAAAUCUUUCUGAUUGAGAGGGGGUCAAAUACUUAUUUCCCUCAUUAAAAUGAAAAUCAAUUUCUAACAUUUUUGACAUGCGUUUUUCUGUAUUUUUGUUUUGUUAUUCUGUCUCUCACUGUUCAAGUAAACCUACCAUUAAAAUUAUAGACUGAUCAUGUCUUUGUCAGUGGGCAAACGUACAAAAUCAGCAGGGGAUCAAAUACUUUUUUCCCUCACUAUGUAUACGGGUAAGAGUCUAGCUUCAUUUUCAGAUAUUAGACGUGAGACAUUUCUAAUUUUGUCAAAGUUGUUUUCAUUGCAAGUUAAUGCGUACUGUUAGCUAGCUAGCUAACGAUAGCUGGCUGGCUCGCUAGCUAACGUUACAUGUAUGAUCUGUGUAGUAAUAAUACAAUUUAUUAUUCGUAUCUCAGAAGGCCAUUUGCAUUGCUAGUUAUAGCCUAAUGUUAGCUAGCUAGCUAACAUUGAACCUAGUUGUUUCACUUUAGCUACCUGCAGAUUUAUGCAUGGUAGUAUUGCCGAGUUGAAAACAACAGGGAACUCUGAAAAGUUCGAAGUCAAAUCAUCACGUCAGUGAUCUUCAUGUCGGAAAGUAGGAGCUCUAGAAAGAGGCCUGAGUUCUUGCGUUCGAAUUCCGAGUUGCAUGACCGUUCAAAUCUAUUUUUCCCAGUCUGAGCUCGUUUUUUUCGAGUUCCCAAUUGUUUUGAAAUCGGCAUUAUUUGGGAUUAUGGUUAAUUUUUUAGCUAGCUCGCUAGCUAGCUACAUGUCUAAACAAAAGUCUCCACUAUGCAAGUAACCAUUUCACUGUACCGUUUACACCUUCUGUAUCCUGUGCAUGUGACAAAUAAACUUUGAUUUUAUUUGAUAUAGUGUGUUUUUACCAGAGACAGUAAUGUGGAGAACAACAUGACCUGCACCAAAGUCAGAUUAGGAUAUAGGCCAAGGUCUAGAUAGUGUAUUUUUACUACUACUUUUUGCUACUACUUUCACUCUUAGUCUUGACAUUUUUGGUUGUUUACUACACUACCUUAUUCACUCUGUUAAGCACAUGGCCUCAUGUGAAUCCUUAAAGAGAUGGGUGGGGCUAAGGCUUAAGAAUGUGUGAACAAUGCUGAAUGGGUGUAGACAAAGAAGAGCUCUCCAGUAGGUGUACCAAAACAUUCACGGGCCAUUUUCUCAAAAGUGGGGUUACAAGUUUAGCAACUUUCAAAGCAGAAUUACUUCCCCAUUGUUCCUCAACUGCUAGCUCUGAGUCUCUACUUUUAUCCAAUGUAAAAAAAAAAAAUAACAAUUUCAAAUAUGACCGUAUCCAGGUGGUGGGUCACAUUUGUCUUCUCCCUUCUCCAUCUCUAUCUUUGAUUUCUCGCUCGCCUUCUACCACCUACUCUCUCUUUCCACCUCUCUCUCCACCUUCCCUAUCUCUACCUUCCCUCUCUAUCUCUAUCUUUUGUGUUCUCCCUCGUUCGCGUUCUGCUUUCUUAAAAGGCUGACCUUACACUUUCAAUAGGAGAUUUACUUGAUUACUGUGAGGAGACCAGAUGAUCUCUUUAGCGGUGACUGGUAAUGACAGGGCACGAGACACACAUACACACACUUUUUGGGAUUAGACCCUGCUUGUACAAGACUCACAACAGUUAAUCAUUCAUUUCUGACAUUAAAUACCUGGUAAUGAUUUUUUGAAUGGAGUGCAUUUCACACUCUUAUAAAUGUAUUUUCUAUGAGUCAUUUAAGUGAUGAUGCAUUUGGGUUGACAUUUUCAAACAAUACAAAAAAUAUGCUGCUGGCAUUUAUGUAUUUUCUUGCACUUCAAUAAAUAUUAAUCUGUACUUACAGUCCUGUGUGAUUACAACUUUUAAGGCCUAUUCUAGGUACCCAGACAAAGGACAGACCUACUUAUAGCUCUCUAGUUCUGUAUAUACAGUGCCUUUGGAAAGUAUUCAGACCUUGACAUUUUGUUAGGUUCCAGCCUUAUUCUAAAAUUGAUUUAAUUGUUUUUUUCCCCCUCAUCAAUCUACACACAAAACCCCAUAAUGACAAAGCAAAAACAGGUUUUUAGACAUUUUUGCUAAUUUAUUCAAAAUAAAAAAUGGAAAUAUACAUUUACAUAAGUAUUCAGACCCUUUACUCAGUACUUUGUUGAAGCACCUUUGGCAGCGAUUACAGCCUCAAGUAUUCUUGGGUAUGACGCUGCAAGCUUGGCACACCUGUAUUUGGGGGGUUUCUCCCAUUCUUCUCUGCAAAUCCUCUCAAACUCUGUCAGGUUGGAUGAGGAGCGUCGCUGCACAGCUAUUUUCAGGUCUCUCCAGAGAUGUUUGAUCGGGUUCAAGUCCGGGCUCUAGCUGGGCCACUCAAGGACAUUCAGAGACUUGUCCUGAAGCCACUCCUGCGUUGUCUUGGCUGUGUGCUUAGGGUCGUUGUCCUGUUGGAAGGUGAACCUUUGCCCCAGUCUGAAGUCCUGAGCGCUCUGGAGCAGGUUUUCAUCAAGGAUCUCUGUACUUUGCUCCGUUCAAUCUUGGUUUCAUCAGACCAGAGAAUCUUGUUUCUCAUGGUCUGAGAGUCUUUAGGUGCCUUUUGGCAAACUCCAAGCGGGCUGUCAUAUGCCUUUUUACUGAGGAGUGGCUUCCGUCUGGCCACUCUACCAUAAAGGCCGGAUUGGUGGAGUGCUGCAGAGAUGGUUGUCCCUCUGGAAGGUUCUCCCAUCUCCACAGAGGAACUCUGGAGCUCUAUCAGAGUGACCAUCGGGUUCUUGGUCUCCUUCCUGACCAAGGCCCUUCUCCCCUGAUUGCUCAGUUUGGCCAGGCGACCAGCUCUAGGAAGAGUCUUGGUGGUUCCAAACUUCUUCCAUUUAAGAAUGAUGGAGGCCACUGUGUUCUUGGGGACCGUCAAUGCUGCAGACAUUUUUUGGUACCCUUCCCCAGAUCUGUGCCUCGACACAAUCCUGUCUCGGAGCUCUACGGACAAUUCCUUCGACCUCACGGCUUGGUUUUUGCUCUGACAUGCACUGUCAACUGUGGGACCUUUAUAUAGACAGGUGUGUGCCUUUCCAAAUCAUGUCCAAUAAAUUGAAUUUACCACAUGUGGACUCCAAGUUGUAGAAACAUCCUCAAGGAUGAUCAAUAGAAACAGGAUGCACCUGAGCUCAAUUUUGAGUCUCCUAGCAAAGGGUCUGAAUACUUUUUAAUAAACUAGCAAAAAUGUCUAAACCUAUUCACUUUGUCAUUAUGGGGUAUUGUGUGUAGAUUGCUGAUUUUAAACAAAAAUCCAUUUUAGAAUAAGGCUGUAACGUAACAAAAUGUGAAAAAAAGUAAAGGGGUCUGAAUACUUUCCGAAGGCACUGUGGUCUAGAAGGUUCCGGAAUAACACAACUGCCCAAGGCCGGCCCUAUACAGUAACACAGAGUGUGCUGUCCCUCUCUCUGCCAGGGGCUUAGGGACGCUUAGCAGGUAGCUAAAGUAGACCAAGUCAGGCCAGCCCCAACUGUAAGCCUCAUUCCCUACACUGCUAGGAUCAGGCUAUUGGCCUUCUCUCAAGCCUCAAUAGGAAAGAUCUGCCACGUCUAGCUAUCUGUCUUCCUGUUCUCUCUCUCUUCCCUUUUUCUCUCUACCUUUCAAUUGAACUCUCUCUAGAGGCUUGGCUGUGUUUCACUCUCAAGCAACACUCAAACACUUUCAAUCGACAUCAUCGUUCCUUUCUUUCUCUCAGCCAUCCACCCCACUUCUUCUGUAUCUUCAAUUCUCUCUUCCCCUAUCUCUUCUUCCAUACUUCUCCUCUCCAAUAGGAAUAAUGACUGCUUGUUCUGAGUGGCAGGGCAUUAAGGACAGCCUCUCGGUAUGAUCCUCUUCAUGUGUCAGAAGGGGUUUGUGUUAAUACCAUUAAAGCCAGUACUGCGACCCCGUUCACCAGUUAGCCACUCGAGAUAAACUCUGCUUGCCAACGAUAGGUGACCUAGCCUCUAAACAUAAAAGCCCACCAGACAGACUGCAUGAUAGACUGCAUUAGCACUAGGCAGCGUCACAGACCAUUUCACCUUAAGGCCAAAGUCUCUCCCCGGUCGCCCUGUUAUGUCAACAGCAGCCACUCUAAUUUUGUGUGUAGCUAACGUAGUAAGCUAACGUAGGCUGCUAGCAGCCAUUGUGAGUGAAUGGACUGCGUCAGUGAGUGAUGAAAUGGAUGCACGUCAGUCCUCUCAAACAUGCACAGUCAAAAGUGAAAGGGAGAGCAAACACAAGGCACAAAGGAUUCCCUGGUGUGGACCAUUUUGUAAAGCCAUUCAUUCACCCAGCAGUAAUGUCGUACCAGUAACAACCUACUGCGAGGAUGAUUGCUCGCGAUGAAAUGUGUUGAUGUUGGUAUGUUUGUAUCUGUUAGUGUAUUUUUUUUUAAUUUCACAAAGCAUUAGGAAAUGUAUUAAACGCUAGCUAGAGAAUGACAAUUUUUAAGACCGACACUCAAGAGACAAUCCUUAUGCACAUAGCAAUUAUGUUGUGUGUGUGUGUCCAGGCUAAGGGAGGCAGUAAGGAAGAUGGAGGAGAAGCACUUUUCAGAGCACACAGAGGAGCACGUGGAGUUCCUGCCUGUAGAGUGGCGCUCCAAACUGGCACUGGAUGGGGGUAAGGUUAAGGCUUGUGUGUGUAUUGUGUGUCUGUUCUGAGUUGUAUGUUUGUAUGUGGUCUUGUUCUAUCCUCGUGGGGACUUAACACAAGGAUAGUAAAACAAGGAAAAUUCUCCCUUGUGGGGACUUUAGGUCCCCACGAGGACAAAGGCUAUUUUAAACUUAGGGGUUAGGGUUAGAAUUAGGGUAGUUAGGUUUGGGUUAGGGAAAAUAGGAUUUUCAAUAGAAAUCAAUUUUAGGUCUCCACAAGGAUAGAAAAACAAAGUGUGUGUGUGUUCCAUGUGCUGUCCUCUACACUACUGCUGUGCUGUCUCCUACUCCCUCUAAUUUCCUAAUAUGUCUGUGAUGCACAUAGUAUUCUAUAGCUUUACUGUUUUAGCCAAGUGAAUAGAAGGUGAUUUAUUAAUCUGAAUGUAAUAGAUUAAUAAAAAUAUAGAGGCUAAACAAAGGCUUUCCCAUAAAGAAAUACUUAAAUAUAUCUUGAUGGUAUUGAUGGUUGAAUCGUGUGUGUCUUCCUGCAGAUACAGUGGACUCCAUCACCCCAGACAAGGUGCGAGGACUGAGAGACCUGCUCAACAGCAGUGCCAUGGACAUCAUGUACUACACCAGCCCCUUGUACAGGGAUGAGGUGAGACCGAAACACACACACACAGUGGGUUUAAGCCCUCAAAUCUCACUUGACGUCUGUAUUGGCCCUGGUUAAUUGACAACACCCUCCUCUCACCUUCUCUUUAUCUCCAGAUCACCAAGGGCCUGACGUCGGAGCUGAACCGCCUCUACACCCUGUUCUGCUCGAGGAACCCUGAGUUUGAGGAGAAGGGGGGCAAGGUGUCCAUCGUGUCUCACUCCCUGGGCUGCGUGAUCACCUUUGACAUCAUGACAGGCUGGGACCCGGUGAGGUUCUGUCUGCAGGAGCACCAGGAGCUGGAGGAGGAGCUAGACCUGAGAUGGGUCUCUUACGAGGAGAGACUCCUGCUGGAGCAGCUGCAGCUCACCAGGAACAGGUAGGCAGGGUGGUGGGUCAUGGGAGGAAUGGGAUGGGUGUCUGUGUUACGGUUGAGAGGGCUAUCUAGACUGUGUCUAGAGACAGCUAGGGUGUCUGUAGGAAGGUGUGGUGUGAGUGUUUUGUUAAUGGUCUGAAUACUACAGUAACAGUAUUACUCAAAUCCCCCCUCUCCUCCUCAGGUUACGAGAGCUGGAGGAUCAACUUCAAGGCCUGGAAGCCUCCAAACCGCUAGCACCCCCUGCUCUUAAAUUUAAGGUACAGUCUGCUAACUGCUCAAAAGAAAUCACCCAGGACACAGAACUCAAGAUGUUAAUGGAAGAAAGUAACAAGAUGACUAGCAAAGAUUUGAAGGAAGUAUGGUGUCUAUUUCCUCAUCUUCCCCAGGUGGAGAACUUCUUCUGUAUGGGCUCUCCCCUGGCAGUGUUCCUGGCCCUGAGAGGGAUUAGACCAGGGAACAGUGGAGAACAGGACCACAUUCUGCCUCGCUCCAUCUGCCAGAGGCUCUUCAACGUCUUCCACCCCACGGAUCCCGUGGUGAGACACAGACAGACAAGACAGACAGACAGGACACGACACGACACGACAGAUGCCCUUCACCAGGGCUAUUCUAUUACAGUAUUGGAGGGCUGAAACAUUGGGUAGUUGUUUCUACCGGGUAGUUGAUUGCAUUCUAAAUCAGUCCCUUGAUUUAGAGUGGAAAAGUGUAAAACCAGCCUCGAGGGCCAAAUUUGAAUAGCCCUGUCCUACCCCUCACCUCUCAUUGCCUCUGAGCCUUGAUCGUCUUAUGGAUGAUUAGACCGAGGGAUUUUUCCUGACCAGAGGAAAGAUCGGGUGCUAGACUGACUGUGUGAUUGGUUUGUCCCUCCUGCAGGCCUACAGACUGGAGCCCCUCAUCCUUAAACAUUACAGCAACAUUGCACCUGCACAGAUACACUGGUAAGAGUUCACAAAGUUAAUUCAUUCUCAUGUUACAUAUAAACUUGUGAAACUACUACUUACUGUAUGGACAGUGACAUGUGUUUUUCUUCUCCUAGGUGUAGUGCUAUAGACCCCACGCCGUACGAUGAGAUCCGUCCCACGUUCAUCAACCCGCAGAAGGACCCGACGUCGGACACAGAUAGCAUCCCCAGCCCCUCCACCUCCCCUGUCCUGGCCAGGAAAUACUAUGGAGAGUCCAUCGCCAGCAUGGGCAAGGCCAGCAUACUAGGUGCGUCUGUCAGUCAUCUGGUUGAUCCUCUUUAUAGAACCUUGUUGCCUCAAAUCACCAUGCAUGUUGCAUGCACAUUAUAAUGACAUUCAAUUCUUAAGUAUGAGUGCCUUCGUAACCUGUGCACAUGACGCAGAUUCAAACUCGGGGUGGUCCAAAGCUAGAAGGGAAAGAAUUAAACUUCAUUGUAAGAUUACCUCACUCAGCAGGUUCUCAUAGAUUUUACAUCCAGUCAUUUGUACAGCAGAUAUUCAUAGACAGCACAACAUGUCCUGAGCAGACAAAGCUGGUGGUUCCAUUUAAAUGUACGUCAGCAUGUACCCAGUAUGUUGUGAUGGAGUUGACAUCUAUUAUUGGACUCACUCUACAGUAUUUCUAUCACAGACCCACCUGACUGAUCAUUGGAGAUGACACUGGUAACACUGCCAUCUUGUGGAGAGCGCAUGUAAAGACCGGAGCUGUAGUACUGGGUCUACUUCACUCACCUUUGUCGCAACCUGUGUCUAAAAUUAAGCCUUUGCUGUUUCUCUCUUUCUAUCUCUCUCUCUCUCUCUCUGUGUCUAGGAGCGGCCAGUAUCGGUAACAGUAUAGGGAAGGGAAUAGGAGGGAUCCUGUUCUCUCGGUUCUCCCGCUCUGCGCCCUCCGGGGUGUCCUGUGCCAUCGAGGCCGGGACCCCAGAGGGGGAGGAGCCGAAGAGGACCAUCGACAGCCAAUCAGCUUACGGCCUGUCGUCCACCUUGUCCCAGUCCCCCUCCACCCUCAUAGACCAUUCAGGUUAGUUCAGCUACAUUUCAACCCAUUGUUUUGAGUUUUUAAAAAUACAGUUUCAGGAAUAAUUGUAUUGAAAUCUAUGUAAUAACAAGUGCCCUUUCGUAAUAUCUCCCACCCCUUUCAACCCCCCCCAAAAGAGAGAAGGAAUACAUCAUGCUAAUUCACAUCAAUAAGAGUGCUUGACUGUUGCAAGCCACUGUCCAUAUUAACUGUUAAGUACCCUUUUUGAAUGUGUAGUAGUUAGGCCUAUGCAGUACACAGUAGUUAGUCUAAAAUGUAUUCUCACAGUGAGUCUCUUUGUUCUACAGUGGAAAUGGAGCGCCGCAUCGACUUUGAACUCCGUGAGGGCCUUGUGGAGAGCCGCUAUUGGUCUGCGGUGACCUCUCAUACAGCCUAUUGGGUCUCACAUGAUAUUGCGCUAUUCCUACUGACGUUCAUAUAUAAGCAAGCCAAAGUGCCAGACGCCACAGACAGUCCUGACCCAGAGUAAACGCACAGAGAGAGACUCUUAUCAUGUCCACACUCACACAUAGCAUCUUUAUUACCCUCUGUUACUCCACUCUCUCUAACUAUUUUUAUGCUAACACACAGACCUCCUUUCGCACUGUUUAGGAUGGAUACACACUCACCCAAGGGUGACACAUUGGAUUAUGGCCCCCUAAGGGGGUGCAGCCUGCCUGUCACUGUGAUGACCAGUCCCAUUGCAUGCUCCGUGAAGCAUGGGGGCAGAGUAGGAUCCUCUAUGUAUCCUCCCAGCCAGUCCAGCCGCCAACGAGUAUGUCAGAGAUUCCAUUGCACACUACCGAAGGGUUCUCCUCUUCCUCUUAAGAUCAGUCUCUGUCUGAAACUGCUGCCCUCCCGGAUGUACCAAUCUCCUACUCCCCCUAUGUGUAGCAGCCAUGGUUCAGCCCAACCCAAAGCUCGCCUCUCCUCCACAGACUCUCCAUGGAGCUGUGGGACGCACAAGCCAUCCUGGACCCCUCAGUAACCUCCCUCACCCACACUGGUCUGUAUCUUCUUACCCUGAGUUAA